AAACAGCUCGUCAACCACCUCGGUAUUUUGCUAGACUACAUAGCCGAAAGAUUCAAGCUAUUUAUACGCUUUCGGUGUAUAUUAGCUGAUGUGUUUUAGACACACCUUUGUUGUAUCUACUUGUUAACCUAUUUAAUUUAAUAUUACGUUAUUUUGUAUUAGUCAGCUAUAGUAGUUGGCUGGUUAAGUUAGCACUAGCCUAGUCGCUAAUGAUAGCUAGAUAACAUCCCCGACCAUGAGCUCCCUAAACUACUCCCCUCCUGUUAAAGAAGAGGAGAUCUGCUGGACGGAGAAAGAAGCUCUGGGGCUGAACAUUGUGGUGAAAGAGGAGAAGGAAGAGGAUGUCACAGUUAAAAAAGAAGUAGAUGGUGAGUCUGUUACACUGAAAGAAGAAGAGAAAGACUUUUCAGUGAAAGAAGAGGAAGAUGCGUUCAUAGUGAAAGAGGAGGAGGAUGUUAAAGUAAAAGAAGAGGACGGGAAAGAGGAUGUAGUUUUUGGAGUGAAGAAGGAAGGGGAGAUUACUGUCACAUUGAAAGAUGAAGAGGUGGAGAUAGGAGAUCUGAUUAACACCAGAGAGAGAUGUGACCAUCGUGGAUCCUCUGGGGACCCUCAACAACCUCAUGAUGCUGACGAGGCAGAGAAGAGUCUCUCCAGAUCAGAACUCCUCCAGAAACACCAGCAGAGACCCACCGGGAAGAUAUCUAACUGCUGCUCUGAUUGUGGGUUAUAUUUCUCAAUACCAAAUUCACUAAAGGAACACCUGAGAAUACACAUUGGAGGGAAAUCUCACUGCUGCUCUGACUGUGGGAAGAUAUUCAACUCUUCAUCAGACCUUAAAAUGCAUCAACGAAUUCACACAGGAGAGAAAUCUUAUAGCUGUGAUCAAUGUGGGAAGAGAUAUACUACAUCUAGCAAUCUAACUAUACACCAGAGAACACACAAAGGAGAUAAACAAUAUAGCUGUGAUCAAUGUGGGAAGAGUUUUGGUGCAUAUCAAUGUCUGACUAGACACCAGAGAACACACACAGGAGAGAAACCUUAUAGCUGUGAUCAAUGUGGGAAGAGUUUUGGUGCAAAUCAAUGUCUGACUUUACACCAGAGAACACACACAGGAGAGAAACCUUAUAGUUGUACUCAAUGUGGGAAGAGUUUUUCAAGAUCUAGCUGUCUAACAAAACACCAGAGAACACACACAGGAGAGAAACCUCAUAGCUGUAAUCAAUGUGUGAAGAGUUUCUCUACAUCUAGCUAUCUAAAGAUACACCAGAGAACACACACAGGAGAGAAACCUUAUAGCUGUUAUCAAUGUAGGAAGAGAUACUAUGAUAAAUGGUCUCUGAUUAGACAUCAGAAAAUACAUGGAUUUGUUUCAUGAUAUCAAUGAAAUAAUGUCACAAUGUAGAAUGUUUAAACAUUGUAAAUCAAAUCAAAUUUAUUUAUAUAGACAGCUGAUAUCUCAAAGUGCUGUACAGAAACCCAGCCUAAAACCCCAAACAGCAAGCAAUGCAGGUGUAGAAGCACGGUGGUUAGGAAAAACUCCCUAGAAAGGCCAAAACCUAGGAAGAAACCUAGAGAGGAACCAGGCUAUGUGGGGUGGCCAGUUCUCUUCUGGCUGUGCCAGGUGGAGAUUAUAACAGACAUGGCCAAGAUGUUCAAAUGUUCAUAAAUGACCAGCAUGGUCGAAUAAUUAUAAGGCAGAACAGUUGAAACUGGAGCAGCAGCACGGCCAGGUGGACUGGGGACAGCAAGGAGUCAUCAUGUCAGGUAGUCCUGGGGCAUGGCCAAAAUGUUCAUAAAUGACCAGCAUGGUCGAAUAAUAAUAAGGCAGAACAGUUGAAACUGGAGCAGCAGCACGGCCAGGUGGACUGGGGACAGCAAGGAGUCAUCAUGUCAGGUAGUCCUGGGGCAUGGUCCUAGGGCUCAGGUCCUCCGAGAGAGAAAAGGAGAGAAUUAGAGAACGCACACUUAGAUUCACACAGGACACCGAAUUGGACAGGAGAAGUACUCCAGAUAUAACAAACUGACCCCAGCCCCCCGACACAUAAAUUACUGCAGCAUAAAUACUGGAGUAUUUAGUAGGAGUAUUUUAAUAAUGUCACAAUGUAGAAUGUUUAAACAUUGUAGUAGGAGUAUUUUAAUAAUGUCACAAUGUAGAAUGUUUAAACAUUGUAGUAGGAGUAUUUUAAUGUCAUAAUGUAGAAGCCUAAAUGUUUCCCCCUGUUCUAUUGAUUUCAGCUCUGGAUAUGGAUAUAUAUUAGCCUCAGGGGAAAAUCCAGGCUCUGUAUUGAAACAAUACUAUUUAUGAGAUUUAACAAAAAGAGCUGUGUUACACUUACCACGUUGGUGACCCACUUCAAUCAUAAUGCAACACUUCAAAAUGUAGCUAGCUGUUUGUUUUCUUCAAGUUGUCCUCGAACCAGGGAUGUACACAUUAUUCCCAUAUUCUGUGUAGUUUUUGAGCUGUUCGUUUUAACAGGACGUGCAACCUCAUCUCCCUCCUCUCGGCACAAUUGAUUUCAACGUGAUAUCGAUGAGUUAUGACAAAUAAGUGUUGUGUUCCUUUGUUUAGCGACCCCUACAUUUAAAUGCAUCACUGUUGCCCUGCUUUUAGAAUAUCAGGGUUCAUUCUCAGAUGUGCCAACCAAAAUGUACUAGAGCAUGACAUUGGGGACUGGGCCCCGAUCGAACAACAUGACUAUCUAGUGAACCCUGAAAAGAGAGAGAAGCUCCGCAGUGAGGUGGAAAGUUAUUACGGAUAUUUCAUUAGUUUCCUCUUGAAAUCAGACAUGUCUGUGGUAAGGACAACUUGGUUGCUGAUUGUUUCAAGGGUGGGAAGUCAAAAAUAUUUGUGUUUUGCAUUUAACCAGUGCGUUACCAUGGAUCACAAUUUAUCUUGACAUGUUUUUCCGUGUUGUAAAUGAGUUUUAUCUCUUAUUCUUUUCUGUAUUUUGUUGAAACUGCACUGUUGGUGAGGGGGUCAAAAAGUAAGCAUUUCACUGUUGUAUUCAGCGCAUGUGAUAUGAUUUGAGUUUAUUUUGGGGUUCCUUCCAAGGGGACGAGAGUUCUAGAAGCUUGUGAGUUUUAGGAAAAAAGAGAAAAGAUAUGAUUGUAUAUUAUUAUUUAGAAAUGCAUGUUUUUUUCUUGUUUUUAAUUGUUGACAGCCAGUAGACACCAUGUUUAUAUUGAUGAAAGUAAAGCAUUGUAGUUGAUUAUAAUGUGAAAUGGAAGUCGUUUUCUUGUCAGUUGUUCAACUGAAAUGUGUCUUCGGCACACUGAUUGGUGUCACCUCGUUAGUCAGUAUGUGUUACACCUGUGCUGGCUUGUCCAUCUCGUUAGUGGGAAGGUGUUUCACCUGAGCUGGUCCAGGUUCUAUUUAAAAGUGUCUGGCCCAGUGCUCCAGUUGUCUUGAUAGAUGUGGAUGUUCAGUUGUUUUUUUUCAUUGUUUUUCCUGUGAAGCCAUUGUGUUGCGUCCAUGUCUGAAAUGUGCUGUAUAAAUAAAGCUUGAUUUGAUUUGAA